CACUUGUGUAGUUUUAUGUGAAUUUAUUUAAUAAAAAUGAGUUUAGCCGAAGUAUGUGGUAUGCAAGAUUUUGAUUCUUACACAUCUCGCAGUAUUUAUGAAAACGAUGUGAGCAAGUCGUGUAUGAAUUUCACAAAUAAUUUGGAAUUGGGAGUACCGCCGUUCUCGAACCCUGCCCAAAACUUGGCAAAGUUUGCUAGAGACGAAGGGGGUCGUGAAAUUAAUAUCAAAUUUGAUCAUGGAACUACCACUUUAGGUUUUAUGUAUAAAGGUGGCGUAGUUUUAGCUGUGGAUUCAAGGGCUACCGGAGGCCAAUUUAUUGGUUCACAGACUAUGAAGAAGAUCGUCGAAAUCAAUGAUUUCUUAUUAGGAACCUUGGCUGGAGGCGCAGCAGACUGCGUUUAUUGGGAUCGUGUUUUGGCAAAACAGUGUAGAAUGUACGAAUUACGAAAUAGAGAGCGGAUUUCAGUAGCAGCUGCCUCUAAAUUAAUGGCAAAUAUGGUGUACAAUUAUAAAGGAAUGGGCUUGUCAAUGGGAAUGAUGUUGGCAGGAUGGGAUAAAAGGGGUCCUCAACUUUAUUAUGUGGAUUCAGAAGGUACCCGCACACCCGGUAAAGUUUUCAGUGUCGGUUCCGGUUCCAUUUAUGCUUUCGGUGUAUUAGACUCGGGCUACAAAUGGGAUCUGACAGACGAGGAAGCCUACGAUCUUGGUCGUAGGGCGAUUUAUCAUGCCACUCACAGAGAUGCUUAUUCCGGGGGUAUCGUGAGGGUGUAUCACAUGAAAGCUACAGGAUGGAUACACAUCGACGAUAACGAUUGCAACGAUUUGCAUUAUAAGUACCAGGAAGAAAAGCAAAAUUUGGAAAAUACUAUUUAAAUUUAUGUCCGUUAAUAUUAAGCCUUUCUAUAAUAAAAAGAUUUAAACACAGA